CUAUAGUAAGGACAGUGUCACUUUUCGACGUUGUUGUCGUUUUUUUUGUAAUUUAAAAUAACUGUUCGUGUUUUAAAAUGAUUAUAGAAAUAUUAAUAUUCCUAGUAACAUUUAUUGUCGGGUAUUUCUUUUAUCUUCAUAAACUAGCGAAAGAUACUUUUAGAAAAUACGAUGUGAAAUUCGUACCCGGUUGGCCCGUAUUUGGCAAUGCUUAUAACAGUACGAUGAUGAAGAAACACUUGAUAGAAGACAUCGAUGCCGUUUAUAGAGCUUUCCCUGAUGAAAAAUAUGUAGGCUACAUCGAGGCCACACAGCCAAUACUCCUAAUCCGCGACCCCGAUCUGAUCAAGAACCUGACGGUGAAGGAUUUUGAUCACUUCAUGGAUCACAGGCAGUUCUUCCCUGAGGAUAUCGAGCCUUUGUUUGGAGGCAGCGUGCUUAUGUUGCAAGGUGAAAAUUAAAAUGUAUUUUAUAUUAUGUAUAAGCCUUGCAUAUUUUUUUUAAUGCGUAAGUUUAGGUAUUGAAUGGUAAAUGUCUUGCGUUACAGCAUUUAAUCUCGUAAGCUGGCUCCACUAUUUC